AUCUCUUUACGCUCCUCUUUCAGUUUCUUCAUCUGAGGUGAAAUUUUGAGCUUUCUUCAGCGAGUCCAAAAAGAAGGAGAUUUGACGAUAAUGGCCGAAAAUUGCUUGUUUAGUGAAGAAGAAAUGGCGAUUGAUGAGGCUGUCGGCCACCCGCAAGCUUACGCCAAGCUUUGCCGCGAUCGACAAGCUGGAUUGUACUGCCGUGGUCCUCCUUUCACUUUCACGCCUUAUAGUUUGAACAAACGAGAGACCGCAACCGCAAUGGAAUUAGAUCAGUUGUUUCCAAUAAUAAAUCCAAAGGCAAAGCCUACUGCGAAGCCAAAGCUUUUUGUCAGUCUCUUAUGGAAGCAACUCAACCAUCUAGGGAACGCUGGCUUCGAUCCUGCGGAAAUUCGAGUCGACCAUUACGGCAAUGUUCUUUAUUAUCAUGCUGAUUCUGCUUCACCACUUGCUUGGGAUAUUGAUCAUUGGUUUCCUUGCUCAAGAGGAGGACUGACUGUUACUAGCAAUUUACGAAUACUUCAAUGGCAAGCCUGCAAGAGGAAACAUCACGAGUUAGAGUUCUUAGUUCCAUGGUGGGAUUUUCAAUUGGGUAUCUCUGUAAACCAGUUUUUGUCUAUCUUUGCUUCAUCCAACUCAGAUUUCAGGCGCAGAGCCUUUUCAUUUCUGUUCUUCGAGGGCGAAAACGAAGAGCUGAAUAAUUCACAGACAGUUGUAUCUCAUUCUUUUCCUCAACAUUUCGUGGCAUCCAAAGAGCGACUCGGAUUUGCUCCAGCUGCCAUUGUUUUAUCUCGAAGAGAAUGUUAUGAUGAUUCUUCAUCACCUUUGAGGUCAUUGGACUACAAUAGACAACCAAGACCAAGUAUUCCUAUAGUUGCUGCAAGAAAAGUGAAACCUGAAGUUCUUAAAGAGAAUGAAAAUCCAGACUUCGUUACGAAUCCAUACCAAGCCAUUGUCAUGGCCAGAGAUUCUCUAAGACAAAGAGAUGAAAGGGCAAAGCUGAAGGCAGAAAUACAGAGGGUAGAUGAUGAAGUGAAUGAUAUGAAGCUAAAUAAUGAAGAAGAGAAGCUGAGAAUUCAGGAAUUGGAAUUAAAAUUAAUUAAACAUAAAAGAAAGGCUGAGAAGUGCAGGCGAUUAGCUGAGGCUCAAUCAUCCCAUAAGACAAUGCUGGAGAAGAUGAUCCGAGAUGCAAUGCACCAGAGUGUUAUUUACAAGGAGCAGUUAAGGCUAAACCAAGCAGCAAGCAGUGCACUAAUGGCCCGGCUUGAAGCGCAGAAGGCAAUUUGUGACACAGCUGAGAGGGAUCUCUACCAGAAAUACAGACAGAGAGAUGAGCUAGAGAAACAGCUGAGGCCUGGACAUGAACAGGUGCGAAAAAGAUCAAGAACUGACAAUAUGCUACUCCUGGAAGAAACAGACCACAAAACUCCAACUGCCUUUUUGCCAGGAAUCAAGCCAAAGACACCAACACACAAAGAGCUGAGACUAUUUCUAGAGGAAGAACAAAGAGCUUCUGAAUCUGCUUUGUCCCAAAAUGGAGGGGAGAAACAAAUGGAACCUGUGGCCAUGGAGAAGCCUGGUGAACAUGAUGAGAAAGCAAUUGUUCCACUGGUGGAGGAAGGAAGCUUAAUUAUCCAAAGGCUUCAAAAUUUAGAAAUAGGAGAAGCAAAGGGACAUGACAAGCUAUUCCCUUUCAUGCACGAGUCGGAUGUUGAAGAAGAAGAAGAAGACGAAGAGAGUAGAAAACAACGAGGCAAAGGAAACGUCGAGAAGUGGCUUCAAAUCCUGUUAGAGGAUGAAACCCAAGAAGAUGUAGAUCUCCAAAAUGAAGAUGAAGGUGACAUGAGCAAGCCUCAUGAAAUAAGUGCAAAUUCCCCACAGGAGGAGGUUGAGGCUGAGCAAAACAAAGAAGAGGAGAGGAUUGUUGGAACUGAAGGCAGCAAAGCCAAAAAAGAAGUGAGCGAAGAAGAGUGUGAAAAGAUUGAGCAGAGUGGGAAGGAAAUGAAAUUCACAAGGUCAGCCAGUGCAAGGAUCUUCAGGAGAAUCCCAUCUUCACCAUCUCUGAUCUUGGGAGGAAUGAAAAAGGGAGUGGACUGUAUGGGAAAGAAACCAAUGGUAAGCGGGGACAAUGAUGUCAAUGGCGACGAUCAUUCUGCGAGAAACAGCUUCAUCAAGACACUCAAGAAGGCAGUAAGGUUAUGAAACUUGCCUGUUUCAUUCAACUAUGGCCAGUGUUUGUACGGUAUGUCUUGCUUUGUCCAUACAGUUCCUUCUUUUUUGAGUGUUGCUAUUCAUUCUCUUGAAAGCCAAUAAGUUUGUGCAAUUAGGCGCUCCAUGUAUAAGAUUUACUGCAUUCCUUUUCUUGGUUGUGUUGGGAAUAUAGAAAGGGGCUUUCCGGUGUGAUUCCAAAUUUC